UAGUGUCACACAUGUGGUGUUGCACAACGUGCUUUGUUUACUUCCGCUUUGAGUCUACUUGUUCCUGUGGGCAGCAGUCAGCUGGAGCAGUCCUUCACCCACCUGCCGAGCUAGCUGACCGCUAACCUGCAGUAUCAACAGUCGUCAAGGUAGCGAUGAACAUCCUCCCCAAGAAGAGCUGGCACGUUCGCAACAAGGACAACGUUGCGCGCGUGCGGAGGGACGAGGCACAGGCAGCUGAGGAGGAGCGCGAGGCCAAGCGGCGCGUGGACCGUGCCGAGCAAGAGGCACGUACAGAGUAUCUAAGACGGAAAGCCCGAGCUGCUCUCCAGUCAGCAGGAGGAAAGAGAGAUGAUGACGAUGAUGAACGAAGUGGAGGAAGUGGAGCUCUGGAGCAUCUCAAUCUUUUUCCUCUGGAGGAGUCCUCAGAGAAGAAGGGGAAUGAAGAGUAUCUCAAAGAAAAGAAAGAGGAAAAGGAGAAGCAGGAGCGUGCCAUCGGCUUGCUGGUCUCUCUUGGACCUCAGCCUGGGUCUGAGGUCACUCCAUGGUACCUAAAAAGCAGUCAAGAAAAAGAGGAAAGGAAAGAGAAAGAAAAGAGGAAGGGAAUAAGUGAAGAGGAGAGAGAAAAGAAGGAUCGUAGACUGAAGGACAGUUUGGACCCGUUGAAGGACAUGAAGAAAGCUUUGGGUGUAAAAGACAGGAAGGAACACAAGAGCAAGAAGAAGGAGAAGAGAGAUAAUGGGGAAAAGAGGAGCAGUGGAGAGAGCUCCAUAGAGAGAUUACGUGCCGAGCGUUUACAGAGAGAGGCUGAGGAGAGGAGGCGAGCUCAGGCCCUGCUCGACCAGAGGAGCGGCAAAGGGAAGGAGCCGUGGAGGGAGAUUAACGAGAGGGAGAGGCCGUACAACAGCGCCUUCUUCCCAGAACUUGCCCGAAAGCGGCAGAGACGGGAUCGAGACAGCUGGAGGGAGGAAAUAUUAAAAUCGUGAACUGUCUUUAACCGUCGUUUGAUGACUGUGAUAGAGGACAAAUACCGUGACCAGAGGAAAGAAGGUGACAGUAACCUGGUCACACUGUUGUCAGAAAGUUGAUGAUGAGGCAGCUUGAUCAUCCAAUUUUAUUUAUUUCUGGAAAUCCUCAGAGUGAGGUCAGAGGUGAGGUUCAGCUGCAGCUACCUCUGCCCCUGCAGUGUUUUGCACAUGAACACGUCAGCAGGGCAGAUGGCUGCCAUCACAGGGGGCAUGAGCCCAGGCUGCCAGCAAAGAAAACACUUAGUGAACAGCUGUCAGCAUGGUUUAUAUUAUCAUUACUAUAACAUUUAAAAAGGAUAUAAGGUGAGCAAACGUCAGGAAGAGUGGAGCUGAAUCAAUGCAUUUAUUAAUCAGGAAAUAAUCUGUAAAUCUGGUCAGUUUUCAAGCAAAGAUGCCAGCCUUUAUCUGGUUCUAACGUCUGAAAUUUGAGGAUUUGCUACUUUUAUGUGUCCUACAUAUAAACAGUAAACUAUUGGUUUAAUAAAACAAACAAUAUGAAGAUGUUUUGGCUCUAGGAAGUUAUAAUGGGUAUUUAUCACAGACAAAUCAAGUCAACAGAUACAAUAAAUAAGUAAUUGUUAUUUGUAUCUAUAUGUGGCCUCAUACAGUUCAUGUCUGUAGUUAAAGUUAAAGACAAGGAUGUAAUCUCAUUUUUAUUGUUUCUGUUGUUUCCAGAGGCCAUUUAAGUCCUUUAAAAUUAAUAAAUCCAGUGACACAAGUUGGAAUAUCUGUCCAUUUUGUUUGUUGUUAUUAAACCAUAAACCAUCACAGAAAACACUUUGACAUUUCACAGUAACAAAAGCACAGGUGUAAAUAAUAAAAUGAUUAAUGGUUGAAUUCCAUUUAGCUGCUUCAGUUUCAGGGCCCUGGUAUUGUUCGUGCUGUGACAGUGUGACACUGUCAUGACUUAACUGGGACACUGUGAUUUACCAGAACCAUUGUUAAUGUUGUUAGAAACACAGGUGUUUUUUUCCUGCUAUGACAAAUCAAAAUGUCUGCUGUGAAAAAGGCCUGUUGAGUCAUGUAACAGCAACAUCAACGGCAAACACAAAAUCUGACGUUUACAUCAAGCUUUUUCACUGUCAUCGUUUAUUGUACAAAUAUAUAAAGUGAAAAUACACUCAGCCUGAAAAAAUACUGCUUUGAUUGGUGAUAGGAUGUUUGGUCGUUGGUACUGUUGAUGCUUUUUAAUUAUAUUUGGUCACACCAGUGUC